GCUAUUGGCUGAGGGCCUUAUGCAGCUGCUUGUCAACAAGAUGGCCUUCCUCCUCCUGCCGUUUGACACUGAUUAUUUUGGUAUCCCCGAGAACAUACCGUAAAAGCGUGUGUCACUUCUAAAUAGAUAGUGGGAGAGCGGCUGCUCAGAGUCCUAACAAGGCAUACAGUCAGCUAGACUUUGUUCAGACAACUGACAGGCGCACGAGACUCGAUAGCGGCCAUCACUAACAGAAAGUAGCUGCUGGCUAAUGUCGACGUUAGCUAGCUGGUGAGCUAGCUUAGCGACGUGGACACGAAUAGUUAACCCGUGUCACCUGCUUUUAACCAGACAAACUGGUCUGGUUAGGGCGAAAUACAGUCAGGAAACGCUUGACAUCGAGAGUCUGCGAGUCAAGACGAGUGCCUGUGGAGUUUAACGUCGCUGAGGUGAGUUGUUUGGAGGUGAAACGUUCAGCUUUUUCUUACCUUGUUAGCUUGCUAGCUGCCGCUGUCAUGUUAUUAUGCAGGUAUCCAGUUAGUGUGAUUUUACCGUGUGCUAGAUACCCUAUAAUAAACUAUUUAAAGUGUUUAAGUACUCCGAACAGCGUUAGUUUUAAAGUUGGGUAAUAAUGCAGUCAAACACAUAAGGUGCCAGUAAGCCAUUUAGGAGCAGAACAUUUUACUACGACGGUAUGCUAACAGUUAGUUAGGUAACCAGUCAGUUAUCGGAACCUGGUGUUUUUUAUUUUGGAUUCUUACAAUCAGAAAACACCAUCUAUGUUACUGUUGGUGGUUUUUCUGACUCCACAGUAACUUGAGGAGUUGGUGUUAUCACAUGAAGUGUUGUAGGGUCGCAAGGUUACCCAAAACACAACAAGGAGAGGUGAUGAUAAAGAGAACUGCAGGCCGGAGUUUACAGGAGACAGAGUUCAUCUUACAGAAACUACAAAUUAUUUUACAUUUAGACUGAAUAUCAACGUGUACUCUUUAGUUUAACUUUUGUUUGCUCUCAUCGAGGAAAGUUCUGACAAGUCAAAAGUUUCACACAAGGAUCACAACAAGCCACAUAUGUACUGUUAAAUACUUAAUAUUAACCUCUUGUGCAUUUUGUGACUCUUAUUUUAGUCUGCUUUUGCCUCAGCCCCUUUUUUAAUCAAAUCUGACUCUAGGCCUGUAUAAAGAUUUACAGUUAUAUAGUUUGAUAUUGCAAUAUCAGUGAUGAGUGUGGUAAAUAAACAAAUACUAAAGCAUGCAUAAGAGACAGAAUAACUUAGUUCCUUUUAUUUAUCUGCUGUUCUUUCUGUUUGAAACACUAUAUGUGUGUGUAACACGUUUCUCCUGGACUCAAACCCAGACAAUAUGACUAAAGAGCAGUUUUGUAUUACUAAAUUAUCUUUAAUUAACUGAAGUAAGUUGACAGCUUUUUAAAGAUUCACGCGACUGGUGUAAAUAAUAAUAGUCAGGUCUCUAUCUACCAAGUCUAAUAUACAUAUUAAGAAUAAGAAAAUGUAUUUACCUAUAAUAAGUUAAGACUUUUGCAUUGUUUAUUGCAAAUGCACACACUUCUAUAUUAAUUAAUUUGCAGUUUAUUGUGCAGCCUUACUUACUCUUUGUAGCUGAGAUUAACAACAUUAACCAUAUUUUAAACCAAAAACCAGGGUUGAGUGAUCAAAAAAAGCUAAGCUCUCAAAGCUAAGGUGAGUCAAUGGUGGCAAAGAGGUGUAUUCCUUUCACCACGUCAUACAAAAAAGCAGAACUGAAUGCACAUACCUUAUCAAAUCCGUGAACAUUAAAUAUUUAGAGCUGGUUUCAAGUUGGUGCUGGUUUUUGAUACCUCGACCAACCAAAGGCAGGGCCAGUUCUGGCAUGAUAUACAAAAGACUAAGGGUCACAGCUACCAAGAGUUUUAGGAUCCAGUAAUGGUUCAAUAAACAACAAGGCAGCUCUUAAAGCAUGGACUAUUAAUGAAUGAUGGACUAAUGGUGCACUUUUACCGGUUUCUCUUAAUGCGACAGAAACCUUAACUGUAGACCAAAAGUUCCUUAAGUUUGAAGAAACUCACCAUCAGGCUUAAGUUUUAACCAAAGAUUCCUUAUCUUGUAUGACACAUUUGUUGCUGCUGGGUGACACAUAGACAGUGUUAUAACUCAGUCUUCAUAAAUUAGUUUAGAGUAGACCUGUCGUAGGACCGAGGCAUGUUAAAAUACCACAUUGUCAAUGCUAUAAUGUGAUCUGUUUUGUUAGAUUUAGAGUCUCCCACUCACACACAAGCCCGUCUGAUGUGAUACUGUUAGACAAUGCUUGAUUCCCCCCCCUUCCUUUCGGAUGUUCACCAGGAUAAUGCUCAGUGUUGACACAGUGGCCUUUGUGAUUGUAGCACCAAUGCUUGUAUCAAAGUCUUGUGAUGAUGUUAAGGCAGAUACUCAAACCCAGAUUCAGCCUUACAGAGUCAGACAGCUGAGUCUUCCUAGGUGUCCCGACAGAGCGGCGGCUCUCAAUGUAAUAAUGUUCCUGAGCAGGCUGUUAGAGCGAUGCACUCAGCUCUAUUGUUCUGUUGACAGUUUGCUGCAAAGCUGGCCCGUAUGUGCGCUUCUGUUGCAUUGUCUUCUCGGGCGCACAUGCAGAGAGGGAGAUUGAGCUAAGACGUUCUGGCAUGCUUCAGUAUUAUCAUUCAUCAGCUUUUGGCCAUCUGGCUCAAAUGCUGUGAAAAGAGCCGGAGGACAGCGUGAGUGAUGCCUACAGUUGGAUUGGCACUUUUGGAGGAUUUAGUAGGUGUCAGCUGCUGUACCAGUUAGACUAAGAUCUAUGCUCCAUAUUUUACUUUGUUUACUUGUUACAUUAACAGGGUUUUUCCUCGGGUUUUACUUGUGUACCAGUAAAGUCUUAAACUGGCUUUUAAUGAGGAUGUGGUUUUCUGGGUUCAGAACUACCUGGAACAUACACAGUGAAACUACCAUCCUGUUGAGAUGGCACACCAAACUGCUCUUCAUUUGUGUAGGGAAAUGAUCCUAUCCAGCAGAAAAUGAGUUUUAAUGUGAAACCUGAGAGUCUCUUGCUUUGCUAGGAGAGAUAUUUGUCAACACAUUCUUACCUUGUUAACAUUUGUGUAGAUGUGUUGUGUGCAGCUGUGUAGUGAUUAUUGGGUGGAUUUCCCCACUUUGACUGCAGCAGUAAUCCACAGGCAUUUGACUCUUCCUGAGCAGUGUGUUCCGAGGCGUUUCUGUGUUCAAAACAUUCAUUCAUGCAUUAAGUAUUUUCGUUUUAUUCUUUGAUACAGAACAUGAAUGAUGUGAUAGUGUUUUCAAUCAUAUAUAUGUAUACGCUGCAGUGUCCUCCCUAAAAAAAAAACGACAACCAAUUAUUUCUUAAACUAUCUAAACUAUGUUAUUUAUUUUUUGUAACUUUAUUAGUUGAGUUUUUUAGGUACUACCAUCUUUAAUAUACUUCUCCUUCUCUUCUGCUGCUUUGUGAAUGGCUGUCACCUCAUGUCUUUUUAAUGUGUCCAGCCUGUAGUUGGUUGAUGGCUGUCUCACUAAGGAGGCAGCAAUUGCCUGCUGUGUUGGGGCACAGUGCUUUUGGCAUAAAUAGCAGUGCAUGCCUUCCUCAGUAUGCCUGAGCCAGGUAAACUGAUUGAGCCAUUGCUUGUCAAAGCCACUGGCUCUGUGUUUUUGAGAAGAUCUACAAAGAGAAAUAAAAACCACGUACACGUUGGCUUUGCGUUGUUAUGCUCCUAAUUGGAAACUAAUUAAUUAAUUACCCUCGCCUCGCCGACUCGUCCUGUCCUGCAUUCUGACCCUCGCGAUCACCAGUCCCUUGUGAAGUACUUUCAGACCUGACACAAAUUUCCACGUUGUCACCAACAUGAAUUAUAGCAUUUUAACUGCCUGUUACGUUUUUCUCUGCUGUGUUUCACCUGGACUCUUGACUUUCCUCCUCGCGAGGUCGCUUUUUAAAGUACUGGCUGAUUUUGCCUGUCAUAUCUAAAACGCUAAAAACGGAGUAAACUUUUUUUUAAAUAAUAAACACGACAUGCUUGGAUGCAAAAAAGAGAAGCAGUAUUUACCUGUUUGUACCAUCCGCCAGGGAAAAUCAGGACGCCGACAGCACCAACUAGCGGGAAAAACACUUGAAAAAACAUGAUUCGAUCCGUUUCUUCUUCGGUAGAUGCUUCAGGUCUUUCCGGUGCACUGCUGUUGAUAUAGCGCCUCUAUAGUGGCGCAACCCUGCAACUGCAGUUAAAAUACGUUGCUGCUGCAUCGGGACAUCAAUCGCUCAAUCAACACAGCUGGAGCUUUACGCUGUGUUGAGCGAAAUCAAUCGCUCUGGCUGGGGGCGGCACAAAAUUAGGUGGAGGCGGCCGCCACGCAAUUUUGAACGCAGGAAAAACCCUGCAUUAAGCUUUAACUUCGGGUUUUACUUGUGUACCAGUAAAGUCUUAAACUGGCUUUUAAUGAGGAUGUGGUUUUCUGGGUUCAGAACUACCUGGAACAUACACAGUGAAACUACCAUCCUGUUGAGAUGGCACACCAAACUGCUCUUCAUUUGUGUAGGGAAAUGAUCCUAUCCAGCAGAAAAUGAGUUUUAAUGUGAAACCUGAGAGUCUCUUGCUUUGCUAGGAGAGAUAUUUGUCAACACAUUCUUACCUUGUUAACAUUUGUGUAGAUGUGUUGUGUGCAGCUGUGUAGUGAUUAUUGGGUGGAUUUCCCCACUUUGACUGCAGCAGUAAUCCACAGGCAUUUGACUCUUACUGAGCAGUGUGUAUGAGGCGUUUGUGUGUUCAAGCAUUCAUUCCCAGUGGUAGAAAAACUUGAUUGAAUUCUUUGCACAGAACAAUAAUGAUGUGGUGUAUUAUUGGCAUAAUGAGGAUUAAAGUAUGUUUAAAAAAAAGAACUAUUUUCUCUCCCUAGAAACAACCUACUUCUAUUGAUAAAUGUAGUCUGUCUUUUUUCAUCUACCCGCUGCAGUCAAAGCUUAAAACACUUCAGUCUGUGUCACUUUAACAGUAGUCAUCAAAGUUAGCUGACAUAUUUUGUCCGCUGCCUUCAUUUUGAUCUGUGUAGCUCUGUGUUAAAUGAUAAGUAACAACGCAGAAAACUCCAUUCUCUUGUGACAGAUUAUUUGUAAGUCUGCUUGGGUACCUAAUGUGGUAAACUCCAGCACUUUAGUGUUGCUGCAGUGUUGCUGCCACUGUGCUUGGACAGGAUUUGAAGGAUUAGGUUGAUGCAGAAAGCUUAAAACCAAACCCAAGCCUUCAUUUGCAGGGACUGUUUCAAAUGAAGAGAAAAAAAAAGUAAAAGUAGCUCAGUGCUAACUCAAACCCACCAUUAGAGAGUAAUGUGAAGGACUGAAAAUGGACGGAGGGUGGAUUGACUCGCUUGUUGUGUGAGGAUUUGAGAGAUAGUGCACAUUAAGUUUCGCAGACCUCUAUUUCUGGCAUCUCAUUGUCUGAUUUUCAGGGUUCUUUUUCUUUUAUAUUGUUAUUUUUGGGUUUAAUGGGUUUGUUUGUGUUUUUGUGCAAACUGGUAGCUAAAAAGAGAAUUUUUACAGUAACCUAACACCUUCAUGUAUGGUGCAGAAGGUCAUUUUUAUACUUUUCCUUGCAUAUAAGCAAAUGUCAAGGUUUGAUUCCAUUCAAGUGCAUCAAUAUAAACACAUAUUAUGGUUAAAUCUAACAGUUGUAUAUUACUUUUCUUGUGUGGUAAUAUCAGUUCAUCACAGGAUUGCCUAAUUAACCGAAAAAUAGGGGUGUAAAGGUUCACCUAUUUGUGCCCAACUGUUGUUACAUGGCUUUUUUGGUGCAGUGCAGAUAGGCACUGAUGCAGAUAUGAGCAGAACUAAAGUUUAGUACUGUGAAUUCAAACAGUGGUUUUCCAUGAUUAUCGUUGGUGUCUUUUACAAUGGGGAGCAAGAGAGUGCACUAAUCAUUAGGUUGGAGACGAUGUUAUCUCUCAAGAAAAAAAAUACACAUCUAGCCUUUUGCUUGGGUCUUUAGUUAGUUGUCCUGCCAUAAAAUAUCUUCCUGAAAACCUGGCUCAAGUGGGGUAGCUGACAUCCAGUGUAGUAUAAAGUGAAGUGUGGUGUUGCUGUAUCUGGAUUGGUGUGCAGAUGUUUGUCCUUCCGAGGCUCCAACAUGCAGACAGCAGAGGAAAGAUGCUGAAGCUGCAGAAAAAUGUGUUAAUAACUCAGCAAACUUUUUUUUUUUAAUUGCAUGACCAAACUGAAAAUGUGCCUCUUUACAUUAUUUAGUCAGAUAUAUUUAUAUGACCUUUAUUUAACCAGGGCGUCCCAUUGACAUUAAAAUCUGUCUAACAUGACAAACCUGGCUGAUAUAAUAUAAUGAUACAACACGUGGAACCAAUUUUUCAAUACAGUCAAACCUCCAGUAAAAGUCUACACUUGUGCUUAACCUAAGGCUCUGCAAUUCUCAGUAUUAAAAUAUUUGAAUCAAAUUGCAUCUCAGACUUCAGACUCAAAGUCAAAACUUUUGAUUGGUCAUCUUCAAGUGGAUAAUAUAAGAAAAUUCUUUGUUAUGAUCAGACUGAAAAGAAUAUUUUCUGCAGUGAAAUGCUCAGCUGUUGUCUAGCAGUGUCGUAAAAACUCUACCACAGCUAGGGCUGUAAAGUCUGAGUCGACCAAGAAUUUCUUUGGUUGAUUACAGCUCUAGCCACAGCUCUCUCUGAGUACCAGCUAAGGCAAUCACUAAAUCUGUGAUUUAAUAUAUUUUUCUGUUGUCAACUGACAUCUCGGGCAUGAAAUCCUACAGUGAACAAUUUUCAGUUUGCCUUGGUUAUCUCUUGAACUUUGUGGAAUUCACUAAUCUGAAAUGAGAGAUAAAAAUUGUGCUUUGUUACAAGUGAAAUAGUGUUAUUCGAAUCAAAAUAAAUUGAAAGGAUCAUAGAGAAGUGGAGGUGACAUUGUGGAGUUUUAUCCUGCAGAGACCGACAGGAGUAACCUGGCUCUGUGCUGCCUGCUCCUUGCCAAAUGUUUUCUGCACUGCACAAUUUUCUUGUUUGCCAAAUAACAGUGGAGCAAAGAGAUUUUCUCGUGGAGAUGGAGUAAUUCAAGCCAUCCCAUCCUCUAAACUAUCCUAAAUUCACACUAAAGUGAGAGCUCAUAAUUCUGAUCUGCGGUCUGUUAAAGUGGCUGAUGUUCAGAGUGUGUUUGACUUUGUGCUGGCGUGCUGCAGUGGGUGGAUUGUCUCCUCUCUGCCCCCCUUUAAUACCAUCCAAUCUGUUAUGAGAGAUGGACUCCAUGAUGCAGUGAGAGGGAGGUCAACACCUCUGUCGAUGGAAAGAAGGCAGAGAAUAAAAGUGGUUAAAGAGAGAAAGUCAUGAGGGGUCACGGAGAGAAAGGGCAGUAAAAAGGGUUUACCAGCUUUUUUCACAACAGUAUAAUCUGCCUGCUCUCAGCUGUGUUGUUGCUGUGUGAUUAUAGAGAAAGCAGUUGAAUUGGUUCCCAACACUGUGUGGGUGGUGUGUGCUUUUUGCACCUCUCUGAGCUUCUGCAUUAGUCCAAAUGUAAAAAGCUCCACCCGUUUAGUGUGUCAGACAGAGACGAAGAAGAGGGGCCUGCUUUUUGAACUGAAGGAUCGGCAGCUUUGAAUUAGAAAGAUGCUACAGUGUUGUCAAGACUUACACAUCUUUGGAAAAAGACUGAACUUUGGAAAAAUGUGCAUAAAAGAAGCUCUUUGACAAAUGUUAUGUAAUAACAUUGUUACAGUGGUCUUCAUUUAGAGCAGCAUAUGACAUUACCAACUUUGAUUUCCACUGAACCACACCUCGUUUGCACUUAAUCGCUCUUAUAACUGGCUGUAAAACUAAGAAUGUUAAUGACUGAGCUCUACAGCUCUUGACAUUUUUUCCCUUAAUUCUGUAAAUAUGCUUGGUGUUCUGUGUGGGGGUCAGCAGUUCAGUCAGGUUUUUUUCCAUAAGACAUCAUUUUUAUGCAACAUUUUAACUUUCAUCAACAGAUCAGCUGGGGAGACGGAGAGUGAGGUGUGACCGUUUGUAGAAGUAUUCUAAAAACACCAGUAGGCGAAUAUAGAUUGGCUCUAUGACUAAGCAAGAAGUCAUCAAGUCUUGCAUGCAAAAUGUUCAUUAUUUGACAAGGCCACAUGCCUCAAAACGAGUCUCUCUGCAAUGCUUUUCAGCAAGCUGCAAGCCAAGCAGCCACUAAAGAUGCAUUCAGGUGCUGGAACAAUGAAUAGCAGUAUGAAAGGUCUUAAACAUGACUGAAAAGAAGAUACAGCUGUUUUGGCGCUUUCAGCUGAUACACUCUUUGUAGCCCCCAAAAGAGUGGCUGUGGAAAUGCAAGCAAGAUCAGAGCGUGCUUUAACAGGCUGCACUGAACCAAACCGCAGUGCUUGGUAGAAGCUCACCAUCACUUUAGUACAGUUUGUAUCUCUCAUACUAGAAUAGCUAUAGAUAUUCAGUGAUCAAGAUCAUUCAGUGAUUGAUUAUCUCAUUAAAACCCACAAUUGAAAACCUGGAGUUUGAGUGGGCUAUAAAUAUUUAUUAUGUCCUGCUCUACUGCCAACGGACUAAGCCUUUAAAAUGUCCAAGACUUAAUUUUCAUUUCACAGUUACACAUGAAAUCAACUGUAAUAAGAUGCUCCUACAUGCUCGUGCCUAUUAGUAGGUUUCUCAUGAGCAUGCAGCAAUUUCUUUGAAUUUUUGUGAGUAUUGAUUAUGUCAAUUUUUUGGCCUUCUUGCAGGAUGUGUCUUUUUUCAUGAUCCGCAUGAUCAUGUGGCAACGAUCUGUGUGCUUCACAACAUGGAAAGUUAGAGACUUUGUUGUUAACACGACUUUCUGUUGCUGCUGGAUCACGCUGCUUGACUUUUUGUAGAGUGCCCACUGUUUCUAAGGUACACACACUGAGAGGUUGGUAUUUUUAUUUGAGGGCAUGGUUAUAGGUGGCACUGGAGGAUAUUUUUAGACCUGCUAUAAAUUUCCCAUUUCAUUGUGGGUGUUUUUGCCGAACACUUCCUUGAGAGAUUGAGUAAACAUUCACCUUGGCUUUAAACAGGACUGUUCCAAUAGCUCAGCAUUUGUCUUAUUGAGCACUGCAAGAAUUUCAGAUGCUGCAAUACCGGCUUGUUUUGUCCACCAAAACACACCCUGUUUGGGAUUUUAUUGGCAUUGUUUCAAGAGGAGUGUUAUGGGAAUUUGCAGGGCUGCUGUUUGUUGUGUAGGUAGUUUUUACAGCAAACAGAUAGGUGUUUCCUUCUUCUUGUGAUUGAUUGGUGUUUGUUGUGGAUGAGUAGGAGGUCCAUUUUGGUUGAUAUACAACUAACUAAAUUCAGUACAAACAAGGGCUGCAUGAUGCAUUGCAGUAUGUUUUCUCUCUGAGAUAUUUGUUGCAAUUUGAAUUAUUACAAGAAAACAAACCAUGUCAUUAAAUAUUGUCUGUAUUCAUCCAACAAAACAAAACUUUAUUCCUAUUUUUAACUCACUAAGCUCAGCCUUUUACCAGAAACCUGACAUCAGGCCAGCACAAUAUUAGAUGAAAUUAAAUGCAAUAAUAUUCUUCAAUGUUUUGAUCUCAGGAAAUGUUGUAAAUACAUAAUUAAGACUGUAUAACAGCCAUAAUGGCACAGCUUUUUUGCCUCCCAUUUGUUCUGCAUGCUUUAUAAAGCAUGUGUCUGCUGCAUGUUUCUCCUGAACCAAAAGUAGGUCUGUAAAGUUAGGGAUGUAGAGAAUUAUGGGGACAGUAUUGGUUCUGGCAAGUGCGUACAUUUUGGCAGAAAAGAAAAGGGUUGCAUUAAAUGUAUGCUUGAAUGGCAGCUUACAGAUGCUAACAUGUAUGAUUGCAGUACAUUCAAACACUCAGUCUCUCUAUGAGUUAAAAAUAUAGGCUAUCAGCAUAAAGGUAAUAUUUUAAUACAAUGUUUUUCAUCCUCUCAAGAAGUCAUGUUUUUGUAGGCUGACAGCUAACAGUGUAAAGGCAUGGCCAAACAUUCAACCCUCUCUCUAACUCAGUGGUUCUCUAGUCCAGUCCUCAAGGCCCACUGUCCUGCAUGUUUUGGAUUUCCCAGCUCCAACACACCUGAUUCAAAUGAUUAGCUCGUUAUUAAGCCAUUACAGAGCUUGAUAACGAGCUGAUCAUUUGAAUCAGGUGUGUUGGAGCAGGGAAACAUCCAAAACAUGCAGGACAGGACUUGAGAACCACUGCUCUAACAGGUCAUACAUACGUGCCAAGUGAGAACACAUUGAUUGUAUAACAUCAAAUAAUUGACUAAUUUACUGCAAUAAACGAAGAUUCUUUACAUUUUUAUAUUGCACAUGAUCAGACUGUUUUUAUUUGUUUAUUUAACACAGACACAGUAAUAUCAAGGCAUGAAUUUCAGAUGCACCACACUUACUCUGAGAAAAACGCUCAUUUGCAACACCUGUUGCACCUGAUUGUGAUAUCAGUGGAUUUGCAAUUCUUUAGACCACCUGAUUUCAAAGGUCAAGUUACAGAGUACCCACCUGUAUAUAAUGGUCUUUUCCCACACUUUGCUUUUUGUCCACAUGUGGUCUGAAUCUCAUGUUGAAAAAGACCCUUAAUUGUGUGGUGGACUUCAACUUUUUCUUCAAUAACUUGCGUAUUUAUUCUGAUACAUGGAUUAAUGUGGAUGUGUCCAUUUAAUUUAAUUUACACCAGCACUAUUCUUUCAAACUUGUUAAAUCAAAUUUCAGUCUAGUCUUAGUCAAACUCUGCGAUACUAUUUAAGGAUACUCAGUGUAAAUGUAAAGCUUCAGAGGAAUGUCUCAGCGCUGAUGCUGAGGUGUGAUUUUGGGUUCAAGCUGUCGCUCAAAUAAGCAGUGAGUUGAACAUGUUACUUCUAUGCCACUUGUUUCUCUCUUUAAGCAUGCCGGCACGUUCCUGGCAGACCCUACAGCUGGCAGAUCUGCAAAAGCAAAGCACGCUGCAUCAAGUUAAGCCCGCCCCCCUCCUUGGUCUUUAGCAUAGGCUCUGGGAGAAAGGGGUGAGGACAGCUACAGCAGUUUCACUACUACCCCACCCCCUCCUGCUGUUUGCUAAAAAUAGGUCCAGCAUAUGCUUGCAUGCUCCUCCCUGUGUUGCCUUCUAUUAAGCAAGUCCUCUUUGAAGCACUGAGAUGCAGGAGAGGAGCAGAGAGAGAGAGAGAGAGAGAGAGAGAAAGAGAGGGACGAGUGCAUUUGUAGCUUUUGUAUUCCAUCUCUACCCCUUUCAUCUGCAGGCCGCAGACACCAAACCUGAAAUGGAAUCCCUUUAAUUUAAUUUACAGGCUCUAAUGUUCAGAGAUGUCUGAGUAUGCUGGAGCAGUAAUUGAUAACUGAGUUUGGCUGGAGUGGGAGGCAGUCCAGUUGUGAUUAGCUGAUGAUAAGUUUGAUAUUGUUGACUCCAGCUCUGCAGCUAGCCCCUGCUGCAGAGUGCAAGCACUCUGUUUGAACUGUAGCAUCGGGGCGUCUGCUCAAUACAACCGCAACUGGUCAUCGACUAUCUGAUUGAUCCUGGCCUCCUAGUUUAGCUCUAGAGAUACAAACUCUGUUUUUAGUGACCAAGCUGUUAUACCCAAUCUGUUCCAUGCUUCAUCCUGUCUUUUUUUUUUCUUCCCUCUCCUCUCUUUGCUGCAGGUUGUAUGCACAGAGCUGCUGCAGAGCUUGCUGACAGACAGUGCCCACCUUUGGCACUGGGACAGAGAGCUGACAAUGAGAGCUCUGGCUCUGGGUGUUUGCUGGCCAGCAUAGAUGCCGAUAUGCCCCUGUGGUCCGCAUCCUGAUGGACCGAGACACGUUCUCCCACAUCCGCCUGUGGUGCCCGCGCCCCUUUGGCACCUACUCCCAGAACAAAGCCAGAAGUCCAGGCUCAGGGGGCAGCAGUGGAGGUGGCAGUGGGGCAGGGUCCCCCUCCCUCUGCAAGGCUGAGCCCUCUUCAGGUGCCAGAAGGACGGUGGAUGGAGGUGAAGAUGGAGGGAUGAUAGUAGGGGUGCAGGAGACGAAUGGAGAGGUGGAGGAUGUGGGCUCAGAGAACACUCCACCUGAGCCGGAGCUCGUCUCCGGCUCGCUCUCACAGAGCCAGACCCCUGCUCCCUCUUCGGCCCCCCCCUCUCCACCCUCUUCCGGGUCACAGAUGGAAGAUGGCCGCGUGCUGUUAGACACCUGGUAUGUCAUAAAGCCAGGUAACACCAAGGAGAAGAUAGCCUUCUUUGUUGCACACCAGUUCAGUGGAGCCGGUCAGCCCAGACCCAGCGCCAUGAAGGUAAGCCGUUCAUUCAAAACCUCAAGACGGUCUUUUGAAGGUCCCAUAUGAAAAACCCAUUUUUCCUCGUUAAUAUGUGUAAACUCCAGUCAUCUUCCAGCCUAGUCACCCUGAGAGUGUGGAUGUGAAAAAGGUUCUACAUCCUCCUCUUAGAAAGCAAGAGCCUUUACUAGAGGAUUUAAGGUGGUCAUUCAGUGAUGUAAGAAAGUAAUAUGUAUAAAAAGCCACACCCUCUCAUGGAGCAGUCCACAUCCUCCUUGGCUAUUGUUUGGCUCCAGUGUUGCAGAGUCACGAUGUUCAAAGUUAGAGCCAGACACACCGACUACUCUGCUGUGAGAAGGAGAGACCAAGACAAAUGUCUGUGCUCUUUUCCCAGCACUGCCAGACUAAAGAAAACUGUGACUACUUUAAUUUGAAACACCAAUAACCUGCCCGCUGCAGUCAGAACUAAUAUGUUCAUUUGUAUUAACCAUUUCACCUCAGACCGCUUCAACUGUAAGGGCUGACCCCAUAAAGUUAAUCAAUAGCAUGGUAUUCUGCAUCUUAUAAAGUACAGAAGCUCAAAGGCUGUGGUGUUUUGUGGACUUUGAUUUCUGUGGAAGUUUGAGUUUUUUAAUGCACAGUCAGACAUUUUCAGCCAAUCAGAGCAAAUCAAACCUGUGGUGAGAGUACAUCCUGGAUAUGAUGUAAACAGUUGAAAAUAUCUUGACAUGGGACUUUUAGCCAUUGGAGUGAAUUUUGAUCUAAAUUGAUGUUUCUUCUGCCUCCACAGGUCAAAGGUAACUGGGCAACUGACUGCAGUAAAGCGAAACGACGGAGACGCUGUUCAUCAUAUGACCCUCCCACUCGCUCUCAAGCCUCAGACCCUCACCUCAGUCAUGACUCCUCCCCUGCGCCUCCCAGCCCUGAUGAGCAACUUUUAGGAGGGGUUAAUGAGACUGAUCUGCUGUCAGUGGCAGAGAUGGUGGCCUUGGUCGAGCAGAGGACCGCCAUGGCUCUGCAAGGAAUAGUGGCUGCUCAUGGGAACCAACACCAGCAGCCUCCCACUUCAACCCACAGCCCGGUUCUUAACCCUAACCAGCACACUGUUCUGCGGGGCACAGUGUCAGACCCCACCCCUGUAGUGUUUGUGUCAGACAGUUCAAGUGGCCAGCCCUCCAAAGAGUCCCAGGUGUCAUCGUCUCCCAUCCAGACAGACCAGGAGCUAGAGGAGCAGCAGGAGUCCUGCAGGGUGGCCCAGGCCAUCGCACACUUUGAGUCCCAGAACCUGUCAAAUCUGGGCGCUGGUCCAGGAACAGACUCCUCUAAUCGAGACAGAGAGGGUGAGCGCCGGCGAGGAGGGGAGUCCAGCAUGGUGACCCCCCCUCCACCCUCCAGCCACAGUCACGGGGAGGUUAGAAUAGCUUUUCGAGUGUCGAACCUGGACCCGCGGUCCCAACUGGAGCCAGCUGGCAGGUCCCGCUGUAUGUUUAUGAGCUGUGGGGGUGGGGGUAACCAGGCAGCAGCCCGGGCCAAAGAGAAAAUCACCUGUGACCUCUAUCAGCUCGUCAGCCCCUCUUCUAGAGACCCUAGUAGUCUGCUGCUCGCUGCCACAACUGCUGCCCCCAAACCAGAUGGAGACCUCCAUCAUCCUGACAGGCAGGCCUGUGGCAGUCCUGAUCCAAACCAGGAGCUUUCCUCUGGGGAGAAGAAAGCUACUGGUGUGGGCAGGGAGAGGGUGACGGGCUUCCACGUGGAGGUGGUGGUGACGGGCGCCGUGGACCAAUGUGUAUUUUAUGGCAAAGACAGUACAGAGAAUGUGCAGGAGGAGACGGUGUGUUUUGCUAUGCCUAGCGGGGGAGGGGGUGGUGGGGGUGUGGGCACCUCCACUGACCCUUCAUCAGAUGAUCCCCCUCCUGGUCAGCUCUUCUUCCUCCAGCCCUCUCGGGGUCCGGAGGAGGAUGUUAAAGGAACUGUUGCUGGCAGUGGGUCAGGAAUGUGCUCUUUGGACUGUGCCAAUAACAACGGCCCUGGGGCGGGUGUGGCAGUGGGUUCAGGGGAGCGGGCGACUCGACCGGAUUCUCCAAGUGUUGGGGAAGACUGUACAGACCCAUCCCUUUGUCGCCUUUACCGUCACGUGUCCCAUGAUUUCUUGGAAAUCCGUUUUCAGAUUCAGCGCCUCCUGGAGCCCCGUCAGUACAUGCUGCUGCUGCCCGACCACAUCAUGGUCAACAUCUUCAGCUACCUGCCCACUCGCUCGCUGGCAGCGCUGAAGUGCACCUGCCACUACUUUAAGGUGCUGAUCGAGACCUAUGGUGUACGGGCGGUGGAUUCUCGCUGGAAUCAAGACCCUUUGUACCGGGACGACCCCUGCAAGCAGUGUAAGCGGCAAUAUGAGCGCGGGGAUGUUUCCCUGUGCCGUUGGCACCCCAAACCUUACCACCACGACCUGCCUUAUGGACGCUCCUACUGGAUGUGCUGCCGGCGUACAGACAAGGACACGCCAGGCUGCCGUGUUGGACUUCAUGAUAACAACUGGGUCCAGCAGCCCGCUGAUGGCUCUCAGUCCAUUCGCACCAAGAGAGAUGACAGGAGGGAGGAGGCGAGGUAGAGAGGAGGAAUUCACCUUACAGGACUCUCACCUCCUCUUGAUUACCUCCCCGUUCCUCCCUCUCACCUCCACUCAGACGAGAGGAGCACAUAGAGGAAUCAAAGCUCCAGGACCGUUUGUCUUUCUUUGUUCCAGCACUCCCUCCUCGUUCUCGCCCUCUGUGGAGGGAGGUGAGAGGUGAAGAAGGAAGAGAGGUGUGUCACUCUCCUUGCCUUUUGUUUUUCAAGCCCUCCAGAAUCCCUCUCUCCUCCCACUGUGCUCCUUUAAAGUUUGCAUACCAGGGUUGGGGUCCCCUCCUGCUGCUGUCAGUCAGUCAGUCAGUCAGCCCUCUUUUUGCCUCUCACUCAUUUGGGUUUCUGUCUAACUCAGUUCAUGGUUAUUAGGUAAUUCAUGUGAAAACUUGCAGUGUAAUAUGAUUGAGAUUAGCAUUCAUAAAGUGACGCAUAGAAAUGUAACGCCCUCAAGUCUGCUUCCUGUCCCCAUUACAUGUUCUGUUGUUCUGUGUCGUACCACAAACUUCCAUGUUAGCUGUACAAUGGUGCUUUGAGGAAUGAGCUGUACUGAAUCCCCAACAGAUGUAAAGUUUUCAGUGGUGGUGAAUGUUCAGCAUUGCUAUAGAAAUGUGAUUGUAUAAAGCAAACUUGAUUUCUCCGUUGUACCAGAUUGCCAUUUGUACCUGUCCCACCACGCCGCCAUGCGUUUCUAUUUCUCUGAAUGUGCUGUAACAUUGUUUAUGUCCAUUAGUCCCCUGAUGAUGCUGCUGAAAUCAUUGCCUGUGUCACUGGCACAGUUAAUUCAGAAAUAGAUGUACCAUUGGUUUAUGAUGGGCACAGUCACUGGCCACUGGGACCUGUUUUAGUCAUUCUCUCAGAGUGGACCCUAACCUUGCUGACCAGCCAUAAAGAGGAGCCGACAAGUACUUUUUGGUUUACUCAGAAAGAUGGGAGACGAACAGUGGGACUGAACGGGAUUUAAAAGAGAAACUUGAUGUCACUUUGGAAAGGCCUGAUGUCACUUUGUAUGGUUUGAUUGACUUGCUUGUUUGCCAUUUGUUUUGUUUCUUUAUUUUUUUGUUUGACAGUUUUAUUGGGGUGUGUGUCAGAGAGUGUUUGCUGUUGUAUUUGCUUUUAUUCUUGAGGACUGUGUUCUCCUCGUAUCAGUCUGUCGCCCCACUACACCUGCAAAGAUGUAUUUUUUAAACACUCCAUCUUUGGUUUGAACCCCAGCUCUCUUCCUUACCUCCUCCCCUCCGUCCUCCCAAGUUUCGGCAGAGGGCAGCGUUUGCCAAAGCCGUCAUCCAUGCUUUGAAGCGGGUGAAACUGACUACCACAGACCGCAGAAACUCUCUACACCAGCUUCCAGCCUUAAAAGCCCCCUACCUCUUACCCGCCCUGCAGGAGAUUGAGGCGUCAGAUACCUCACAGAUGAUUAAGAGUAUUGGGAGUUGCACAGGACCCUGUAAGAGGCUAGAUUUCAGAUCUCGAUAGACUCCAUCCAGCUCUACUGGAUCCACCCAUGACUCUUUUGUGGGAGUGUAAGAUGAACAGUGCCUGGUGACGGCUCUGACCCUUCAUUCUUUAAAAAAAAAAAACCCUCCCCUCUCCUCCCCACUCUCCCCUUGCUUUUACACUCCCCCCACCCCUGCAAGCUGACAGACUGGACAUUAAAGAACUCAUGUGAUGAAUGAUGCUGAAACUGCAUGGAGGUGGGAAGAUGGUUGGGUAGUGUUGGGAGAACUCUGUAGGUUCCAGACAUGUACAAUGCUAAUGGGAAAUAUUUGCUUAAAUAAAAACAAGUGAUGAUUAAAACUGGAAAUCUGAAUCACUACGUGGUUUGUGUGGUGACUGAUUAGGAG